AUGCCUAAUUAUGUGAAGUUCUUGAAAGAUAUUUUGACAAAGAAGAAAAGGCUUGGAAAAUUUGAAACGGUUUCUUUAACUGAAGGUUGUAGUGCUAUUUUGAAGAAUAAAAUUCCUCCAAAGUUGAAGGAUCCAGGCAGUUUCACAAUUCCAAUUUCUAUUGGGGGACAAGAAGUUGGUAAAGCUCUUUGUGAUUUGGGAGAUAGUCUUAAUUUGAUGCCCAUGUCCAUUUUUAAGAAGUUAGGAAUUGGAGAAGCAAGGCCAACUACACUCACUUUGCAAUUAGCUGACCGUUCUAUGGUGCAUCCAGAGGGAAAGAUUGAAGGCGUCUUAGUACAAGUUGACAAGUUCAUUUUUCCGGCGGAUUUUAUUAUUCUUGACUAUGAGGAAGAAAGGGAUUUGAUUGAAAAGAUGCAUGAAAAGCAUAACAAGGGAGUGAAGAAAAAUGCCCCUUUUGAAGAAAUUGAGAAAGGUGGUGAGCCAUGGAUAAGUAAGGAAGAAGAACCAUCUCAUCUUCCAAAGCUACCGAAGAAAAAGAAGAAGAAAAAGAAACAUAGUAGAAAUCCUUAA